UUCAGACUUGAGGUAUUUAUUAUAUAGGUUAUGAUGAAUUAUUUGAUCUGCAAAAUCCAAUACAAACCCAACCCAGACUAAAUACUGAAUGACGUCUAAUGGCCACGUGACUGUCACCUGGUAUGGAAAUUUUUUUUUAAUCAUAAUCAUAUGACAGCAUGGAUGAAUGAGUGAUAAUAUGAUAAUGAUUCCUGCUAAUUAUCAGUUUUAUGAGACGACAUAACUAGUAGGUGGAUACUUGAUGUGUGCGAAUGAUAAAUUAAUAAAUAAUGGAUGAAAUUGGAGGAAAAAAUAUCGUGGUGACUGGAUUUGGUCCAUUUGGUUGUCAUGUUGUCAAUGCAAGUUGGCAAGCGGUCAAAGAAUUAUCGAAGAUUUCAACUGAUAAAUUAAAAACUCAGUAUAAUGUUAAUUUAAUUAUUGAAGAAAUUCCGGUUGCUUAUGACCAUGUUAGCAACCGUGUUCCUGAAAUAUGGAAAAAAUAUGAUCCAUUGUUUGUAAUCCAUGUUGGAGUUUCAUCUGCCGCUAAAUGUCUGACAAUAGAAAACAAAGCUCACGGUACUGGAUAUUCUCGAAAGGACAUAAAAGAAUGUUGCCCAUGUGAAGAUGAUGAGGAUUGUAAAGAAUUUAUGACUACGGAAAUAGAUGUUGAUAAUAUUUGCAAGGAAGUUAACAAAAGAGGAGUUUGCAAAGCCUGUGUGUCUGAUAAUGCUGGUAGAUAUUUAUGCGAGUACACUUACUAUCAGUCACUACGUGUUCAAUGUAAAAGAACAAUUUUUGUUCAUGUACCGGAUUUUAAUGUCUAUCCGACUUCACUGACAGCUCAAGGACUUGAUACUAUUGUAUGUCAUUUGCUUGACGUAAAAGACAAGCAAUUAUAAAAUAUAUA